UAGGGUACACGAUGUGGGAUGGAGGAGCAGCACGAGAUUGUGGUGCUCCUCCGGCAAUGCAUCCGCAGCAAGGAUGCGCGCCGCGGUGUGAGCCUCCACGCCGCCAUCAGCGCAAGGGGUCUGGACAGGGUGAAGCUCAUCCAGGACCUCCUCGUCCACAUGUACGCCAAGUGCGGCAGGCUAGACCGCGCGGUGCAAGUGUUCCAGGCCAUGGACCAUCCCAACUCCACCUCCUUCAACAUCCUGGCAGCGGCCUACGCCGCCAAUGGCCGCCUUGACGACGCCAGGGCCACAUUCGAUCGCAACCCCGCCAAGGACACGGUGUCCUGGAACACGCUCAUCUCUGCCUGCGCCCGUGCCGGCCGUGGCCACCAAGCCCUGGCGCUGUUCCUGGGGAUGGAGCGCGACGAGGUGACACCCAACGUGGUGACUUAUCUGGGAGUGAUCCAGGCCUGCGCCAGCCUCCGAGACCUCGAAACGGGUAAGUCUAUCCACGAUAGGAUUGUUGCUAUCCAUCCUAGACUAGAUCCUAAGCUCGCAGUCGCACUAAUCAACAUGUUUGGGAGAUGCAGGUGUGUCGCUCGGGCUCGAGCGGUGUUCGAUCGGCUUGAUUACCGAGACACGGUGGCGUGGAACGUUUUGAUGUCGGCACAUGCCCAGAAUGGGCAUCUGGAAGAAGCACGGGCAAUCUUCUUUGGUGAGAUGCCGCCAGAGAAACGGAGUGUUGUGUCAUGGAACGUGAUCAUCUCAGCCUGUGCACAGGCCGGCCGUGCAGCCGACGCCCUGGAGCUUUUCCAUGUCAUGGGAGAGCAGGGGUUCGAGGCCGAUGACGUUACGUUCCUGGCUGCUCUAGACGCGUCCUCUGUUCUGGGGGACUUAAAGAGAGGGGAGCAAAUUCACUGCGCGAUCAUCAGAAGCAGGGGUAGAGUGCCGAGCCUCAAGGUCGGGAACGCACUCAUCAGCAUGUAUGGCAAGUGUGGCAGCCCUGGUGACGCAUGGAAUCUCUUCUGCCGCCAAGAGACAAGAGAUGUGGUGUCGUGGAACGCUGCAUUGGCGGCACUGGCACAGAACGGGAGGGUUGCCGAGGCUCGGCAGCUGUUCGAUCGAAUGCCAUGCAGAGAUGUCGUCUCGUGGAAUACCAUGAUCUCCGCACUGGCCCGUAGUGGGCUUCCUGGCCAGGCAAUCCAGCUCUUGAGCUCCAUGACAGCGGAAGUAAAGGCCAACGCAAUCACCUUCGUCAGUGCCGUGGAUGCCUGCGCUGGGCUUGGCGUGAUUUCUGAGGGGCGAAAGCUCCACCGGCUUGUCAGAGAAGCCGGCUGCGAGCUUGAAUUGAACGUCCAAAACUCGCUCAUCAACAUGUAUGGUAAGUGCGGCAGCGUUGGCGAGGCACGAGGGGUGUACGACGGCAUGCCGUAUCGGGACGUGGUGUCCUGGAACGGCAUGCUUGCGGCAUAUUGCGCUAACGGGCAUCUGCGCCAAGCUAAGCUUCUGUUUGAUGAGGUUCCUGACCGGGAUGUCAUCUCCUGGAACAUAAUGGUGGCGGGCAUGGCCCGGGGUGGCAGGAGCCGGGAUGCGUUGCGGCUGUUUGCUUCGAUGGAUGUGGAGGCAAUAGAGACAGACGAGAUAACCGUCAUUGCUGUACUAGAUGCGUGCGGCAGCCUUUCAGAUUUGGCUGCUGGCCGAGAAAUCCAGGGGCUGUGCACAAGCAUCAGCAGCAGCACCAAAGUCUGGAACUCGCUCAUCUACUUCUAUGGACGAUGCAAGCGGAGUGACGAAGCCAGGAGCACGUUUGACAGAAUGAAGGAGUGGGAUCUGGUUUCGUGGACUGCUAUGGUGGGCGCAUACUCUCUCGCCGGCGACUUGGAGGCUGCAAAAGCUUGCUUUGAGGCGAUGCCCGAGCACGAUGUUGCAGCGUGGAAUGCAAUGUUGACGGCUUUUAUUCAGAAUGGAUGCGGGUCGGAGGCACUCGCAAGCUUUAAACUGAUGGAGGCCAGAGGCAUCGACGCUAACGAGAUAUCUUUGACGUCCAUCCCCGAGGCGUGCCUGAGGCCGCCGGCCCAUACGAAGGAUGCGGAGUUUGUGUACGCGAGAAGUGUGAGCAGCGGUAUCCGGUCCGUGCUGAUCGACAAUGCGCUGAUUAGGAUGCUCGGAAAGUGCUGCAAUGCAGCCCGAGCAAGGCGAACAUUCAAUCAAAUGAGUGAGCGAAGCGUUGUCAGCUGGAACUCCAUGGUUGCUGCAUAUGCCCAUAGUGGUCAUCUUGCCGAAGCGGGCGAAGUUGCUACCCACAUGAUCGUCGAGGGUGAGAUGCCCAACGAGGUGACCUCUGUGAUACUGCUUGCAAGCUACAGCCACGCGGGCAUGCUCUUCCGCUCGAUCGCUCACUUCGUGAAGAUGCAGCGCGAGUUUUGGAUCCUGCCAGAGGCCGACCACUUCAGCUGCAUGGUGGAUGUUUUGGCCCGCUCUGGGAGGCUGCGUGACGCUGAGCAGCUGGUUGCCACCAUGUCAUACGAACCAGACAUGCAGGUGUGGCUGGCCUUGGUUGGGGGAUGUAACAUGCAUGGACAUGUUCAAGGUGGGGCACUUGCUGCUCAGCAGGCCUGGGAGCUGGAUCCGCAGAGCUCCGCUCCCUAUAUCCUCACCUCGAAUCUCUACAAAGCUCCACCCGUGGUGAGAACGUAAAAAAGCACUCGUUUUGUACGGCCCAGGAAAGAGAAUCUCCAAGCCCAUAUCGGGAAGGGAUACUUAGUUUGGUACGAGAGGUUGUUGCUGGCUGGCGCGCGAUUCGUUUGUUGGGAUUGUGGUCUGGAUGUAUGCAUCAAUCAAUCAAUCAAUCGGUCCAGCUGCCAUGAAA